UAAUUUAUGUUUAACUGUUUAAUUACAUUUCUACAUUUAUAUUUAAAUUCAUUGCAACUAUGAUACAUAUUUAUGAGCUUUUGUUUAUGUAAUUUUAGAAUUUCUGUUUUAAUAUCAGGUAUAACGUAACGUGACAAUUUACUCGUGUUCAUUGUUAUUGGUAUCGUGAAGACCAAUACAUAAAUUGUAUAUAUAUAUACAUAUAUAUAUAUAUAUAUAUAUAUAUAUAUAUAUAUAUAUAUUUAAUUGAAGGUUAUGCUAAUUUUAUAAGAAUAAAAAUUAUUAGCAUUUAUGAAAAAUAUUAACUCAUGGACGGGAGUGAUAAAAAAUCUGUUGCUGACAAUUUUGUCAAAAAAAUAAAGACACUUCUUAAUGAAAAAAAAUGCAACGAAGCAUUCGAAUACCUACUUGAAAUCAGCGAUGGAGAAAUUUUGGAUCAAAGAUCUUGGGAGUUAGUUCCUACAGUGGUAGAAUUUCUUAAUGAAGAUAAUUAUUUGAAUAAUCUCAAUGUUUUUAAUAUAUGUGAAAAAAUAUUAGAAACUGUUGCUGUUAAAUGUAAUCCCAAUGAAACGGUUCUAUUGUUUUUAGAACAAGUUGAAGAUUUUGAGAAUGAUUUUAGAUUCCAUGCUCUGUUAAAUCCUUUAGCAAAGUCUUUGACAAAAGCUGAUCUAGAUAAAGUUAUUGAGUGGGUCGUAAGUACUAUAAGAUCUUACAGUGAAAAUUUACCAUUACCAAGUAACAAAAAACCAAGUGAAAUUAUUGUCGAUGAGCACGGAAGAUCCGAUAAGCUCAGCACAAAACUCAAAUACCAAGAUCCAGCGAGUAAACGACUAACCACAACAUAUCAAUCAAUUUCAUCUUUUUUAGAAUAUGUUAUCAACAAAUGCAUCAAUUUAAAUUCAAACCAUAACACUAAAAUAUCAAUGUAUCUACUUAAUUUACAUCUAACACUCUUUGGUAAACCUUUUUCAAAUUUGAAUAUCAGUGGAAAUAAUGAAUUGCGUAUUUAUGAGUCAUCGAUUAUUCAAAUGAGUCUUUUAACCGGUAACUUAAUGAAAUUUUUAAAAAUUAUCGAAGAGCGCAGUUUCAAACGGAUAACUAAAUCCAUAGAAGAGCGGAGAAUCGAUAUUGAUAAUAUUCCAAGUCUCGAGAUCCAAUUAUUCGAUGUUGAAAUUAGUGAUUUAGCUUAUGCAAAUUUCUAUUUUAUUCUCACGACUUCUGAGACACUGAGUCAUUUGAUUCCACAAGUUUAUCAUCCACAUUAUUUAAUGAAUACGCUAUUCUAUCUUGCUAAUUAUUUAAUAAAGCAACCAGAAUAUAAUUUACUAUCAAAAGGUUUGCGGUUAAUUGCUAAAAUUUUAGAAAGACUUGAUAUUGAAUCAGUUUCGCAAAAAUAUGUAGAAUCGGCGGUGCAUCGUAAUUUAUUUUCAAGUUUAACGCAAGUAAUGGUUUACUGUGACUCUAUGCCAGAACGGAAAAUGGCUCUGGAUAUUUUUUGUAAUUAUAUUGAACGUUUUACAAUAAGAGCACGAUAUUCAUUAAUAAUUCAUUUAUAUGAGACGAGCAAUCAUUCAGGUUUACUUGCCUUAAUAAUAAGUAUUUUAAAAGAAUCAAUAAUCAAAUCAUUAGAUAGUAGAUCACCGUGUGAGUACUUUAUUGGCGAUAAAUUAGCAGUAAUAUUACAUCGCAUUUGUAAACUUCCAAAUGGAAGUACAUCAGAUUUGGUUGAAAUUUCUGACGAAUUAAUAGCUGCACUAAAUUUAUUAAGAUUUUUAAUUUUGAGAGAUAAAAGCAACAUUACGGGUAUUUGGACAAUUAUAAAAACUAUAAAAGAUAACUUUUUAGAGCCAUUAAGAGAAGGUAUUGAACUUUCACGUGCUCAUUGGAAAGUCAAAAUUAAUGAACUCGAAGAAAAAAAAAUAAAUCAGCAUCGAAAAAAUGAAAUAGUAGAUGACAUUAGUGUAACAGUUGGAGGUGAAAAUUUACCGAAGAUGCCAAUAGAAGAAACAAUAAAAUUUUGUUACUCUGCUUUGAAUGCUCUCGACAUUAUGGAAUGUAUUUUGACUCGAACUAACGAAUGUAUAGAAACUCAUCAUUUUUAUAAAUUACCUAAUUGUUAAUAAAGUAUUUUUAUAUAUGUCUGUAAUUGUGCUUUUUAUUGUUUAUCAAU